UCCGGCCGCCGUGCCGCCGUGUCGGUUCUUUUUCUGCUCCUCCGAAGAGAAGAAAAAGAGGAAACGCUCGCUCUCUCUCGCACAUUUUUAUGGGUGUUUGUGUGCGUAUCAGGCGCGGCAGCGGCGGCUUCAACGCACACCUUGGACCCUCGCAAAGUUUAUUUGCCUUUCCUCCGCAGGCAGCUGCUCUUAUCGCAAACUCACGAUAAAAACGAAGAUAAUUUUUGAAAAAUGGAGGAACCGCCUGGCGUCUUUCGCGUCGGCGACCUCGACAUCCUGCUGCGGCCGCGUUCGUCCACCCCCAGGGCACCCAAGGGCCUUCAGACUGUUCAGAGCCCCCGAGUGCCCGAUUUCCACGUGAUGCCGCCCCACGACUACCUGCCCCCGCUGCCCCCGAGGGAACCGUGCGUGCCCAGUUUGGCCGCCAACGUGCCCUUUUACCACGUGCCGGGUCCUUUGGCCGACAACCGACGCAACCUGCGACACGCGCCGCCCCCAGGGGUGGCAGUGGAGGCGGCGCGACUCAGCAAAAAGUCGACUGGUCUGCUGUGCGGCCCCUCCACGUGGACGCUCAGUCUGCAGCCGACCAGGGCCAAAGGGACCCUCAGGUGGCGAUUCCUCGCCGUCCUCCUCCUCACGGCCUCCGUUUCGGCCGCCGGGGGCCUCAUCCUCAUGCUUUUGACUACGUUGGCAAACCAGCCAAUCGAGGUUGUCACGGAGUUCCGUCUCGAACCGAUCGUCGGCGAGUCAAAUGAAGUCGUCAGUGUGAUCAGCGGCGAGUUUCUAUUUCCGAGGGUCGACUUUGUCCCUGAGUUUCAUGACACCAAUUCCGAUGCGUUCAAACUUAUGGCACUGCAGAUCAAAGAAAAGCUGGACAGUUUGUUUUACACAAGCGAACUUUCCUCUUGCUUCAACGGCUCCACUGUUUACGCCUUUCGUCCAUCUCCCAACGGCGAGGGUUUAGAGGUCUUGUGUCACCUGCAACUGAUCAUCACCGAGCAGCCGAUGAGUGAAGCGGAGGAGCCGGCGAACAGGGCCGGACUGGCCUUUUUGCGUGGGCUGCGUCACCACGAGGGUCACAUGUGGCUCGGCAAGUGGAUCGUCGACGUGCAGUCAAUCGUCUUUUCCGGGUACGCGGCCAGGGGCGCCUUUCGGGAGCAUCACUCGACCGCCGAGGUCGGCUGGACCAGCUGGGGGCCUUGGAGCGUCUGUGGUGUGGGCGGCGUGCAGACCAGGUCCAGGAAGUGCGCCCUCAAAAAUGGCACAGGAGUGGUUUUGAAGAGUGCCGAGCAGUGUCUGCAACUCGGAGGUGGUGACCUGCAGAUCAAGGACUGCACGCACUCAAAAACAGAGGCGGUCGUGGCCGUCUGGCGUCCUCCUCGACCCGAUCGAACUGACAGUGAAGAGUCGUCGGUCCGCCUGUGCGACGAGUGUCGGCCAGACGAGGUAUGCGUGGCGCUGGUUGGAGAACCGGUGCCCUCCUGCCGUGCGUCCAAAGACCCCGCCGACCCCACGGGAUGCGGAGGCCUCUGCAAAAUCAACACCGAGUUCUGCAGACAGCUCGACAAAGACGCGUUCAGGUGCACUGAUGAUUCGCACUGCCUGGAGUCGGAGUGGCGCUGCGCCAACAAAUUGUGCAUUCCCCGCAGCGGCCGGUGCGACGGACAUAUGAACUGCUACGAUCAUUCCGACGAGUACAAUUGUGGUUGCAACGUGCUUACCCACUUUCACUGCGGCAACCGGACGUCGUGUCUGCCGAUGUCGCGGCGGUGCGACGGAGUGGUCGAUUGUUGGGACGCGUCGGACGAGACCAACUGCACGGCCGCGUGCGCCAGUCCGGCGCACUUCACGUGCUCGGACGGUCACUGCGUGCCUCACGGCCGCUUCUGCGACGGCUUCGCAGACUGUCCGGACCGCAGCGACGAACCGUUCGGCUGCAGCGGCGGCUGCGAAAGCGCCGAGUUCCGGUGCCGCAACGGGCGGUGCAUUCGCCGGCUUGCAGUUUGCGACAACUUUGACACCUGCGGCGACGCCUCGGACGAGGAGGCCGGAUGCACCGACCCCAGGAGCGACCCGGACAUGUUCGCCUGGGCCACCGCGGCCAAAGCGGACAGGGCCAAGAUGACAAGUUGUCCCCGAGGUCAAUUCCGUUGCGCGAGCGGUGAGUGCGUGUUGGAGACGCUGCGGUGCGACGGGACAGACGACUGCGGUGACAAAUCGGACGAGGCGAAUUGUCCGAACGCGACGACAACGACAGUCAGCACCACUCUGAACACUUGAUGACACACUAGACUACUAAGAGAUAAAUUUUAAUUUUAAUAAUUAUUGAACAAUUCUAUUUAUUUUAAUAAAAAAAGAAUGUACCAAGCCUGAUUUCUCUUAAGGACCAAAUAUAAAAAAAUAGAUUUUAAACUCGAAUUAAAUUGAAUUUUAUUUUGAUUUUAUUUUGCCUUAGGUUAUGUGGAGAGUUCAAUUCUAACCAGUUGGAUUUUACCAUUUUGUUUUUUAAAGGCCUUUGAAUUCAAUGUUAAUUUGGAAAACACUCGGAAAAAACGGGUGGUUCAUUUCUGAAACCUUGAGGUGACUUGAACUGUGAGGACAUUGACUGGGGCGUGCAACAAUUUAGACCUGAUGGAGCAUUUAAUUUUUAGCUCAUAAAAAAUAAAAUAC